CUCAGAUAAGAGCCUAUGAGCCUCGGGUCUGGGUUAACCUGGGCGCGUCUGUCAAUCUGUCUUGUGUGGUGGACGGUUACCCGGAGCCAGAGGUCGCAUGGCUCAGGGACUACGGUCAGCCAGUCACCAGUCAGCCAUAUGUCUACCAUCUACCUGACCGUCUGAUGCAGGUGCAGAAAUACGUCAGCACAGUGCAGUCCGUCAACGCGUCGCAGAGAAUAAUGUACCUGACCAUCAACAGCGUACGAGAGGAGGACAUAAUGGGUUACAGGUGUCGCGCCAAUAACUCUGAGGGCGUGUCGGAGGCCAGCGUCGUGUUGUACGGUAAGAACAGGACGGCCCCAGCUGGCCAGGUGGCUGAGGGCCAGCUGAGUACAUCACAACCAACAAACAACAGCAACAACAACAACAACAAGAGAAAGAAGAAGAGUGGAAAAAACAAACACGGAGGAAAACUUUCACCUAUAAUGCAGGGAGUCAGGCGGCGUCCAUAGUACCACACCACACUCCAUCUUCCCUCCUCCUGUACCUCCUCCUCCUUUUCCUCCACUCCUUCCUCCUGCUCCUCCUCUUCCCUCACCCUCUCCUCACCUCCCCCUCACACCACCUGGCACUGAGAAGGUGAGUGUGGAUGAACACAUAAAGUAUGAAGUUGAGGAAAAUAAAAAAUAUUUAAGGUUUUGAUUCAGAAAAGAAACGUGCCAUCCUCUUUCCCUUCCUUCCUCCUCUCCCUUUUCCCCCUUUCCUCUCUUUACCCUUCUCCUCUCCAUCCCCUUCCCCUAUCCACCUCCUCUCUCUUCUCCCUCCUCUUCCACCUGGCUGUGGUUAUCAGACUCCUUCCCCUCCCUUCCCACCGUCUGGAAAGGGAGGAGAACAAAGAAUGAAUUGAAUACAGAGGAACGACUAAAGGAAACCAGUGGGGAACAGAGUAGACAGUAAAGUGUGGAAAAGGAAGAGAAAGAAGGAGAGGUAACGAGAGAAAGACAAACAGGAAGACUUGCAACUUAAGGAAAUGAGGAAACGUUGAUGAUAAAUCGUAGAAAUGGAAGGAAAAAAAAAGUCAACUGGAAGAGAGGGUUAAGGAGGAGGGAGAGGGGCAAGGUUUACAGGCUGGAAAAGUGUGAGUAAAUAUAAGGAAAAAAAACAAGUGAGGUUUAACAGACGAUAAAUAGUAGUGAAUGAAAGAGAAUAAUAGAACAAAAUAAAAAAAAUACACGAGAAUUUUAAAGAUAGAUGAAGAAAAUAGAAAAAUAGAAUAUAAGAGGAGGAAAGGAAAGGAAGAUAUAGUAGGAGAGACAAGAGGAUGAUAAAGUGUUUAAGGAAGUAGAACACAAAAGAAAUUCCAAGGCGGGGAAGAGACGCUGUGUGGAGACGAUCAACCAGCCAGGCUAGGCGGUCUUCUCCCUCUCCUCUUCCUCUUCCUCUUCCUCCUCCUCCUUCUCUAGUCUUCCCCCUCCUCAUGUUUCAUAGUCUUCCUCGCUGUCCUCGCCUCUCCAGUGCUCAUUCAGGACUCGGGAAUCCCCUAAGGACCCAGCUAAGGGGGAAGUAACGAAGGAUAAUCGGAGAAUAACCGACGUAAACAAGUGAUUCUGGACAAGUGGUCAGAGUAGGAUGUUCCCCGCGUGUAUAACAGAGUGUGUUCACCUGCUAAUAAGGACACAAUCAGGUGCUGUUAGGUGAAUAAGGUGUACCUUGUGUUAUCAGGUGGCGCAGUGACACUCAGGAUGAGCCACCUGGUGGGUGACAAGGACCUAACUGACAGAUGCCGCCCCCUACCGCCCCCAGCAGGAGAUAGACGAGUCUUCAGGAAGAUUUUUGUUGUUGGUGUGUGUUGCCGCCUACCUGGAUGACUGCUAAUA